AUGAAUGAUGAAGACUGGCGAUUCUUUGGAAUGUUCACCACUGUGGAGUUUCUAUUAAAUCUGGAUUUUAUGGAGGAAUUAGAGAUAUCCGACCAGAUGAUUCUUCUGAAAAGUUUUGCUGCAAAAGCCACGUUACUAUUCACUUCUUCGCGAACGAUUCGUGAAAAAUAUGACCGAAUUAAAACUCCAGGAGGGCAUGAAAUCGUACCAGAUGUGCUAAGCACACUUUUUAACGUCUCCCUAAACUUUUUGAGCCGAAUACGUAGUCUUCUCGUUAACAAACUCAUUGAACUAAACAUAACAAAUGAGGAGUUUCUUCUCGUCACCGUCAUUCUGUUUUCUGAUCCAGCAAUUUCAACACUAUCCCCUAAUGCCGUCGCUAUUAUAACGGCACGUCGAGCAUCUUACACGUCAGCAUUGUUCCAGUACUGUCAGCUGACUCAUCAGCAAACCGGUCACACCAGAUUCGUGGAUCUUCUGUCGCUUUGUCAUGUGGUGAAUAAGAACAUUGAGGAUAUUCAAAGCCUUACAACUAUUGUGAAAUUUCAUUUGAAAAUAGUUGAAUGUAAAAAGUUAUUCGAAGAUAUUAUAUGA